AUGGGUCAUCACUCGUGCUGCAACAAGCAAAAGGUGAAGAGAGGGCUUUGGUCACCCGAAGAAGACGAAAAGCUCAUCAACUACAUCAAUUCAUAUGGCCAUGGAUGUUGGAGCUCUGUUCCCAAACAUGCAGGUUUGCAGAGAUGUGGGAAGAGUUGUAGAUUAAGAUGGAUAAAUUAUCUACGACCUGAUCUUAAACGUGGAAGCUUCUCUCCUCAAGAAGCUGCUCUUAUCAUUGAGCUUCACAGCAUUCUUGGUAACAGAUGGGCUCAAAUUGCUAAACAUCUACCUGGAAGAACAGAUAACGAGGUCAAAAAUUUCUGGAACUCAAGCAUAAAAAAGAAGCUCAUGUCUCACCACCAUCAUGGCCAUCAUCUUCAUCACCAUCACCAUCAUCUCUCUUCCAUGGCGAGUUUGCUCACCAACCUUCCUUAUCACAAUGGCUUCAACCCUACUACUCAUGUCGACGAUGAAAGUUCAAGAUUCAUGUCCAAUAUCAUCACAACUACUAACCCUACUUUCAUCACUCCAAGCCACCUCUCUCUCCAGUCUCCUCAUGUUAUGACUCCAUUGAUGUUCCCAACCCCUAGAGAAGGAGAUUUCAAGUUUAUAAACACAAACCAGUCUCAUCAAGACAAUAACCUUUACAACAAUUUCGACAUUUUGUCAGCCACAGCAGUCAUAAACAAUCAUCAUCAACCUCUACUCUCUUCUUCUUCCCAUGAUAAUGAUCCCCAAUGGCCAGCGUUACCAGAUUUCCCAGCUAGUACCAUUUCCUCUUUCCAAGAAACUCUUCAAGAUUAUGAUGAUGCUAAUAAACUCAACGUGUUUGUAACACCGUACAACGAUAAUGCCAAAAAGUUAUCAUGUGGAGAGGUUCUCGAAGGCAAAGUACUAUCCUCCUCCUCGCCAGUUUCACAAGAUCACGGCCUUCUUCUCCCCACCUCGUACAACUUGCAAAUGUCUACUACGGGUGAUCAUCAUCAUCGAGUGGACUCAUACAUCAAUCACAUGGUCAUACCAUCAUCAUCCUCAUCGUCGCCAAUCUCUUGUGGACAGUACGUCAUCACUUAAGCAAACCCUAGUCUUACUCCAUCAACAUGGGAUUCCUAGACAUGGGUACGUAUUUAAUACCUAUAUAGAAUCUAUAUACGUUUUACAUCUAUAUA